UAUUCCUUUGGAUUAAAAAUUAGAAAAUGGCAAUAGAUACGAAAUGUCGCAACUUUUUUUCAUUAUUUUAUAACCAACGAAACCCCCCUCGGAAGUCGCAACCGCAAACUAUACCUUGGUCGCGUUCGUCGUCGCCGCCGCCACCACCGUCACCACCGUCACCGCCGAUCGACCGAGAUAUGGGAGCAGCACAAGCGAUGAAGAGAAUUCCACGGAUCAAGUUUCCUCAGCGUCAUCCCAAGCCUUCUGGUUCAGCGACUCAGACCCAAGCAACACCUGCCGCCAGUGAUGUUCCUUCCACCUUUUUCUCAAGGUCUGCUCCAUCUGAUAAAACUCUAGGUGGGAAAGCCUCUCUACAACCCAAAAGAACUCCAAUGACUCAAGAGGAGAUUGAUGCUAUUAUGUUGGGUGGAUGUAUAUGAAGCUGAUGAGGCUUUUACAAAUCAUCUUUUGGUUUCAUAUUUUUUUCCUAUGAACAAUCGCUGUAUGUUAUCAGAACUGAAAACCAUUUUGAAACUUUUGUCCAUAAGAUAUGGUUGAGCUCUAAUUCUCCAUUUCAUGUAUUAUGGGUUGUUCGCAAUCCGGACACUGAUAAUUACUUCAUUCGGUGUGAAGCAACAUACGAACUUUGUGUUGCAUAGGCUAAGUAAGAAUAUCUGAGCUAUGAAUGUAUAUUGCGAAUGAUGGAUUGGGAAAUCUUGUUGUUUUUAUUGAUCUUGAACUCUUUUUUUCCGAA